GGCGGAUGAACGCGGGAGCACCGCUCCAGAGCCAGCAGCAGCGAGAGGCUUCUAGAAACAACGUGCAGUCACCGGCACACAAACCUGUCUCUCUCUCAGCCUGUCUGUCUCUCACACACACACAACGCGACACAGUGAAACUACAGUCAGUUAGCUGUCUGAACAAUGGCCAAGUGGGGAGAAGGAGACCCUCGGUGGAUUGUGGAGGAGAGAGCCGAUGCGACUAAUGUCAACAACUGGCACUGGACUGAACGAGAUGCGACAAACUGGUCGUCGGACAAGUUAAAAGCCCUGCUCCUCGGGUUGAGCGUGGAGAACGAAGAGGGGAGUUGCGAGGUGACAGAAGUCAGCAAGGUGGAAGGAGAGGCCUCGAUUAACAACCGCAAAGGGAAACUUAUUUUCUUCUAUGAAUGGAACCUGAAAGCUACUUGGACCGGAAAGUCAAACGCAGGAGUCAAAUAUCAAGGAACAAUCGAAGUUCCAAACCUGUCCGAUGAGAACGACAUGGAGGAUCUUGAUAUUUCUGUAUCGUUGAAUAAAGAUGAGCCUGAAACGCCUCUGACCAGCCUGAUGAAGACAAAAGGAGCUGAGAAAAUCCGUGAAGCCCUGGGAAGCUACGUUGGGUACUUAAAAACAGAGUUCACACAGGGAAUGAUCCUGCCUACCGCCAACGGUGUGGCCAAGCAUCAGUCCACUUCACAGUCCAAAGCCAAGCAGGAUAAGACUCAGAUUUCCUCCUCGAGCGGCACAACUGCUCCAAUCAACACUGGCGUCAAGAUCCCCACCUGUAAAUUCAGCAUUAGAGAAACAUUCCUCACCUCACCAGCGGAUCUCUACAGGGUCUUCCUCAACCAGGAGAUGACCCAGGCGUUCACACACGCUCCAGCGACAGUGGACGGAGAGAGGGGCGGAAAGUUUCGUCUGCUAGAGGGAAACGUUUUUGGUGAAUUCACAGAGCUGAUACCUGAUGAGAAAAUAGUUAUGAAGUGGAGGUAUAACAACUGGCCCUGUGAGCACUACGCGACAAUCACGAUUCAUUUCUUGGACCGGAGCAGCGAGACGGAGCUGAAGGUGGACUGCCGAGGCGUCCCGGACAACGAGGAGGAGCGGACGAAAGAGGGCUGGAAGAGAUACUACUUCGAAGCUAUUAAACAGACUUUUGGCUACGGAGCGCGACUCUUCUGAAGAUGCUGUACUUGUAGUUCUGUUUUCAUUUCUGUUCUCAAUUUUUAAAACAUGUCCUUCGAUCUGUCUGGCACAAGAUGUCCGUUGUAAACUCACAGCACGAGUUAAACGAAAGAGACGCAGUAGGUGAAGGCCGAUCUGUCACCUGUCUGUCUGUGUUUGUGUGUAAAUGUUUUAAUUUUUUGAACAUAUUUAAAUCUAGAUUUCUCCCCAUCAGUAUUUGGGUCAGUUGUUCAAAGGAGUGUAAAGCGACUGUGCCUUUUUGGGACUCUGGAUAGAAAAUGGAUUAAAUAAAACAAAGAAGAAUCUAUUGAACCGCUAAUGCAAAUUGGCCACAAUUCUAUAAAUAUGUAAUUACUGCAAAAGUAAAAAUAAAUGUGUUUUUUAUUUGGUUUAUUAGAAAAAAAUAUGAUGUUGCUUUAAAACAUUUUUUUUUUACUUAUUUUACUCUUUUGAAGUGUAACUGUAGUGAAGAUGCUUUCAGCCAAGAUGCAUGUUUCAUUUCCAACUGCCAGACGGAGGAACGACCACUGGAUUUAAACUCUUACUCAUGAAGUCUGUCACUUAUAGCCGAGCUGUACUUUACUUUCGUUGAUACUUGAUUUCGUGCACAUUUUACGAGUCCGACGUCUGUCUGGGUGAUCAGAUCAGCUCGGACCUUCAGCGGGAACGUUGGUGCGUAAUGUUUGUCAAUGUCGGAACGUGAAAACGGUUUCUCCUCCUUAUGCAGAUAGCUAGCGUAGCAACUUAAGAGAGGCGUUUUGCUAUAUUUGGCUUUAAAGUGUAAAUUUCCAGUUAAAAAAAAAAAGGACAGAAUGCAUCUAUUUAUUCAUCAUUUCAUCCUUUCACAAUGUAAAAAGAUGAGUUGGUUAGAAUAAAACCAAUCCCUCUA